AUGGAUACACCACCUCAGCCGCUUACUCAACUAGUCUCUCAUUUUAUUAAUCGUGCCCGAAACAAUGAAUCCUCAGGGUGGACUGAGCUUUGGAACAGUGACAAGAGCAAUUUCUGGGACCGCAUGGGCCCAUCGCCCGCUCUCAUCGACUGGAUCGAGUCGCAAUCCGAAAUAUCACAACAUUCUCCUAAUUAUCGACCAAUUGCCCUGAUCCCCGACUGCGGGAAAGGCUACGAUGUUGUUAUGCUAGCUCUCCAUGGUUUCGAUGUAUAUGGUUUAGAGAUUUCACAGAAGGCUAUUGAAAUAGCAAAAGUCAACGUGGCAGCCCAGUUUUGCGAGCCAUCCAGCUUUAACUUUGGCUCGUCAACAGCGGGCCGAUCAACUAAAUGCCGAGGUAAUGUAAAGUUCAUCCAAGGCGAUUUCUUCGAAACAGGCUGGGAAAAGCUGGUAGCGACUGAAGACUUUCAUGGCUUCGAUCUAAUCUAUGAUUAUACUUUUUUAUGUGUCCUCCCACCUGAUUUACGAAAGGACUGGGCUCGUCGCAUGUAUGAACUUAUCUCCCCAUCCGGAGUACUUGCCUGUCUCGAGUUUCCUUUAUAUAAGGAUUUAAGAGCACUUGGUCCGCCUUGGGGAUUAAAAGGCCACCGAAUCAAUCGUACGAGGGGCAGUCCCGAGUCCAAGGGAUUGGUUGAGAAGUUUUAUUUUCACUGGGGCCUUGCUAUCCGCUCUCUUAGAGAUCAUCUCGACAUGGAAGAUAAGCGUAAGGGCGAUACCAUGAUCGCCGGAGUGCUGACGCUUCUUCUCGUCGACGUUCAACUCGGCACUUCGCUUAAUUGGAGGUGUCAUCUCGAGGGCGUCUAUGAACUAAUGAUGCUGCGUGGUGGCUUUCAGGCAAUGGCCAGAUCGAAAGUCCUAAAGCCACUAUUACGUUGCCUCUGGGUUCUUGCUGUGAUUGGGAAUACAACUUGUCCCGCAUCGGAUCUCUCAAUGAUAGGUUCACAACUUGAUACAACUGAUUUCUUACUAGAGGAAUUUAGUACAGCAAUGUCCCCCUAUCAUAUGUGCCCUUUGCCUCUAUUCGCAGAGAUCAUCAAGGUUAACCAUCUUCGAAUGCGGGCCACGGAAUAUACGAGCACCAGAGCCGAGGAGCUUUCGUACGAGGCGUGUAAAAUACUACAGCGUGUUCACGAUUUCCUUCCAGAACAAUGGGCCGAUUCCAAACGCUCAUCUAAAGACUGGGUGCUUAUUGGUAGUGUAUACCAGUCUGCUGUAGCCAUUUAUCUUAUCUUGUCUCUUCAGAGUUUGUCCGUUUUCUAUAUAACCUCUGAGAUGAGCGCUUGUUGCACCAGGCAUGGCGAGCUUCUACAAGUACUUAUAAGCGAUGGACUAUCAUCUCCGAGAACCCAACGAUUUAUGCUUUGGCCUCUAAUCGUAUUAGGAGUAUAUGCUGCUCGUAGCAGUCCAGCAAUGCGUGCAUUCGUUGUAAGCCGACUACCUGAGCUUAGUCGCGAUCUUGGCACCUCCGUGCCAUUGAUGGUUAAACACGUACUUGAGUCAUUCUGGGACUCGGGUGAGACUCGCUGGGAUGCUUGCUUUAAUAAGCCGUAUAUAUUUACGAUGCAAAUUGCAAUCGAUACCAACGGCUUGCCCCAUACUACCAGGAAAAUAAGUUAG